AUGACUGGAACAAAUUACAUUAAACGUCCUCCGCAGUACUCCCCCUUUAACACUUCAGCCCAGCGGGCCCCGCCCCCGGGCUGGGCGGCGCCCUCCUUCACGCGGGCGGCGCAGUUCCGCGUGGCCGCCACCCUCGUGCUCUUCGCCUUCGCCGCCGUCAGCAACCUGUCCGUGCUGGCCAGCGUGGCGUGGGGGCGCGGCCGGCGCCUGGCGGCCCACCUGCGGCCGCUCGUGGGCAGCCUGGCGGCCGCCGACCUCAUGAUGACCUUCGUGGUGAUGCCGCUGGACGCCGCCUGGAACGUGACGGUGCAGUGGCGUGCCGGGGACGCCGCCUGCAAGCUCCUCUGCUUCCUCAAGCUGUUCGCCAUGCACUCGGCCUCCCUCAUCCUGGUGGUGAUCAGCCUGGACCGCCACAGGGCCAUCCUGCACCCCUUCGACGCUCUCGACGCCGGCCGCAGGAACAGACGCAUGCUGGCGCUGGCCUGGGCCCUCAGCCUGGGCAUGGCCACUCCGCAGCUGUUCAUUUUCCGGGCGAUCAAGGCGGAGGGCGUGGACUUCACGCAGUGCGUGACCCACGGAAGCUUCCGGCACCGCUGGCAGGAGACGGCGUACAACAUGUUCCACUUCGUCACGCUGUACGUGGUGCCCCUGCUGGUCAUGAGCUGCUGCUACACCCGCAUCCUCCUGGAGAUCAGCCGCCAGAUGCGCAAGAGCAGAGACGGCGAGGCGUGUCUGAGGCGCAGUGGGACGGACGUGAUCCCGAAGGCGCGCAUGAAGACAGUGAAGAUGACGAUGGUGAUCGUGCUGUCGUUCGUGGUGUGCUGGACGCCGUACUACCUGCUGGGCGUCUGGUACUGGUUCCAGCCGCGGAUGCUGCAGCUGACGCCCGAGUACGUGCACCACGUCCUCUUCGUGUUCGGGAACCUGCACACCUGCUGCGACCCGGUGAUCUACGGGCUCUACACGCCCUCCUUCAGGGCCGACCUGGCGGCCUGCUGCUGCCGGCGCCGCCCGGACUCCUCGCCCAAAUCGCUGGAGCGCCUGUCCCCCGCGCGCCGCGGGCCCCCCAGCGCAGAGCCAGAGUCCGACGCCCCCAGCGCGGAGCAGCCCGCCGGGGCCCGAGGGUAG